UUUACCCUUUUAAUUGCAUCACACACCGAACACACCUUUAUCAUUUGCUUCUCUAAAGCUCUUUUUUGUUGUUGUUUUUGAUUGUUUUGGGUAUGGCUGGUGAGGUUAGGAGGUGGGUGGUGGUGGUGUGUGUGGUGGUGGUGGUGGUGGUUUUGAGUUUGAGUGGUGGUGCUGAGGCAGAGCCACAAGUGCCAUGUUACUUCAUAUUUGGAGAUUCAUUGGUGGAUAAUGGGAAUAACAAUAAUAUAGCAUCAUUGGCAAGAGCUAAUUACUUGCCUUAUGGGAUUGACUUCCCUGAAGGACCUACUGGAAGGUUUUCUAAUGGCAAAACUACUGUUGAUGUCAUUGCUGAGCUAUUGGGAUUUGACAAUUAUAUCCCUCCGUAUUCAGCAGCAAGAGGUGAAGACAUUCUCAAAGGAGUAAAUUAUGCAUCUGCUGCUGCUGGAAUUAGAGACGAGACUGGCCAACAACUGGGUGGUCGGAUUACAAUGAAUGGGCAAGUAAAUAAUUACAAAACCACAGUAUCACAAGUGGUGGACAUACUGGGUGAUGGGGACUCAGCUGCAAAUUAUCUAAGCCAGUGCAUUUACUCUGUUGGAUUGGGCAGUAAUGACUAUCUCAACAAUUAUUUCAUGCCUACUUACUACUCCACUAGUCGCCAAUAUACACCUGAACAAUAUGCUCAGGUUCUCAUUCAACAAUAUUCUCAGCAAAUCAGGACAUUGUACAACUAUGGAGCAAGGAAAGUAGUCUGUAUAGCAGUGGGUCAGAUUGGCUGCAGCCCAAAUGCAUUGGCCCAAAACAGCCCGGAUGGCUCAUCAUGUGUCCAAAACAUCAACUCUGCAAUUCAACUAUUCAAUGACCAACUCAAAUCCCUAGUUGAUGACUUCAACAACAACCUCCCUGGUGCCAAAUUCAUCUACAUCAAUGCUUAUGGGAUUUUUCAAGAUCUAAUCAACCAACCCUCAUCUUUCGGUUUUACGGUUACAAAUACUGGAUGUUGUGGUGUAGGGAGGAAUAAUGGUCAAAUUACAUGUCUCCCACUUCAAACUCCGUGCCAAAAUAGAAACGAGUAUCUGUUUUGGGAUGCAUUUCAUCCUAGUGAAGCUGCAAACAUCAUCGUGGGAAGGAGAUCGUAUAGCGCGGAGUCUCCCUCAGAUGCAUAUCCUGUUGAUAUUCGCCGCUUAUCACAACUCUAAAGAUGGAGAUGAUCUGCGUAAAAGCUGCAUAAAACAUUUUUCAUAUUUGUUCCACUAAUAUCAUUUGUGCGUGUAUGUGUGUGUGUUUUUUUUUUGGUUUUGGUCAAGAUAUUGUUGUGUAUCAUUACUAUUGUUUCAAUGGGAUGUAACAACAUUUUUCAUAUUUGUACCAGGAAUAUUAUUUUUUAUGUGUUUUUGGUUUUGGUCAAGAUAUUGUUGUGUGUCAUUAGUAUUGUUGCAAUGGGAUGUAAUAAUAACACGAGUUAUUUAGGUUGGGUUUGUCAA